AUGCCUGUUGUGUAUGACAAUUGGGAGAGGUUGUUGCAAGCUGUGCUGCGACGUGAGCAGUAUUUGGAAAUGGCUCAUGCCCAUUCAAGAAGCACAAGCGGCGCGAGUUCCGUAUCGUUGGAUUUUGACGAACUAUCUUCGAGUCCCCCGAGAAAAGAAAAAAAUUUUGAAAACGAAGGAAGGAGUUCAAGAUCUGAUUUCGGCCCCUCUCAAUUCCUUAAUGAUUCUGUCAACAGCAUUGAAAAUAACCUGCGCAGUAAAGGACUUAAUGGAAAUGGUUCUAAAUCUCAAAAUGCUUUGAUUACCCGUGAUUCUAGCCAAUUUGAAUCCGAGUGGACGGAACAAUAUACAAUUGGGGUGUAUAUAACAUGUGUAGUCUUUCAAGAUGGAAGUACAGAUAUCAGACGAGCGCGCUUCAGCAGGAGGAGAUUCUCUGCGAUACAAGCAGAGACUUGGUGGUCAGAAAAUCGAGAAAAAGUUUACAAUAAAUACAACAUUCGUGGACCAUACAAUGCUGCAAGUAGGACUGAGGUAGUUGUGCCCCAAGGCAUUAAUGGCUCAAAAUCUAGAAAUUCAGUAGGAUCCAACGAAGUUGAUGCAAAUCAAAUUGAGGUUGAGUGGAUUGAACAAUAUGAACUUGGGGUUCGUGUAACACUUGUGGCUCUUCAAGAUGGAAGUAGAGAUGUCAAACGGGUGCGCUUCAGCAGGAGGAGAUUCUCUGAGAUACAAGCAGAGACUUGGUGGUCAGAAAAUCGAGAAAAUGUUUACAAUAAAUACAACAUUCGUGAAAUAUACAAUGCUGCAAGUAGGACUGAGGGAGUUGUGCCCCAAGGCAUUAAUGGCUCAUCUAGAAAUUCAGUAGGAUCUGUCAAAGGUGAUACAAGCUCGUGA